GCCAAGUGUGCGACGCGACUGAGGACGGUUGCGCGAUAGCAGAGUUAUGGUGGUGGAGUGUGCGCGCAUCGAACAGACCCGCACCGCGGUACUAACUAGGCAGGACCGGCGACCGUUGCGAGCACAGUCUACGAUCGGACAGGGACCCAAACGGAGGUAGGCCAUCGCAGAGUGGACAACUCCUUUCCAGCUCGAAGUGCUACCCCCGCCACCUUGUACUAGAAGCUACAAAUAGUGCCAGUGUAUAAAAACCUUCCAUUCCAGCAGCAGUAAAUGUUAGUAAAGUCUGAAGUGUCUAAGUACACCAGAGUAAAGUGAGCCACGAAACAAAAAACACUUAAAAGAUAGCUGUGUAGCGUGUAGUAAUACCCUAAUCGCCUUGGCUGUGCGUGUUUAGUGAUCGGUUUCGACCAGUGAAUGCAGCAAACCCUUCUGAAGUGACCCACAGAGCGAGAUAAUGGGCAACGGGACGAAAGCCACCCAGCAACGGCAGCCGGAAGAGGAUCGGGCCGAUCUAGCGUCCACUGCGGAGGAGGAGGAACGCGAGCAGCUGACAGCCCCCUCCAAUCUGCACUACAUUCAGCCGAGCUUCAUUUCGCUCAUAAGCGAAAAGCAAUGGAAACCGGACGGGGAAAGGCAGCAGGACGUGCCGGUGUACGGAAGGACCACGAUGGCCACGACGAUACUGACGCAGGAAGCCCACACGAACGGGGCCCGCAUGCAGCUGAUCAUGAGCAUACUGGCGAACCUGACCGUACUGUCGUCCGGUAUGGGGCUGGGAUAUUCGGCCAUUACGCUGCACGCGCUUACCAGCGAGGACAAUCCGAUGCGUAUGAACUCCAGCCAGGCAUCAUGGUUCGCAUCCAUCAGCUCGUUCGCGUGCCCCCUGGGCGGGCUCGUUUCCGGCUACCUGCUGGAUCGCAUCGGGCGCAAGAAGACGCUCAUGCUUAUCAACGUACUCUCGAUCGUGUCCUGGGCGCUGAUCGCCGUCUGCAGCACGACCAACUUUGAUCUGAUGUACACCCAGAUCCUGGUCGCGCGUGUCAUCAUCGGCAUUGUCAUCGGUUUGGUAAGCGCACCGGCCUCGAUCUACUCGGCCGAAAUCGCGACCCCGAAGAUGCGCGGUCGACUAACCGUGCUGACGUCGCUCAGCAUUGCCGUCGGCAUCCUGCUCAUCUACUCGAUGGGCUACGCCGUACCGGACGAUUUCCGGCUGGUGGCCGGACUGGCGGCCGGCAUCUGCGUACUGUCGCUCGCCCUGCUGCUCUUCAUGCCCGAAUCGCCCGCCUGGCUAAUGUCGAAGGAUCGCGAGGAGGAAGCGGAACGAUCGCUCAAGAAGAUCCGCGGCUACGGCGCGUACAGCCAGCGCAUCCCCGAGGUGGAGAAGGAGCUGAUGCGCAUGCGCGACAACGUGCUCGCUCAGCGCCGUGCCGGGCAGGAAAGCUUCCUGCGCUUGCUGAAGCAACCGCAGGUGUACAAACCGCUCGGUAUCAUUAUCGGCUUUUUCGGCUUCCAGCAGUUUUCCGGCAUCUUCGUGAUCGUGGUGUACGCGGCAAAGGUGUCCUCGGAAGCGAGCGUCUCGAUGGACCCGUUCCUCUGCACGGUGCUGAUCGGGAUAACGCGCGUCGUCGCGACCAUGCUGGUGGCGUACAUCCUGGACACGCUCGGCCGCAAACCACCGUCCAUCUUUUCCGGCGUCGGCAUGCUGGUGUGCAUGUUUGGGCUGGCACUGUGCAGCUACUUCCCACCGAUCGAGUCGCUCCACUGGAUCCCGACCGUGCUGAUCCUGACGUACAUCUUUACCAGCACACUCGGCUUUCUGACCAUGCCGUUCUCCAUGCUGGCGGAGCUGUUCCCGCAAGCGGUACGGGGGCCUGCCUCCGGUGUGACCGUGUUCUUCACCUACCUGAUGUCGUUCUGCACGAUCAAGCUGUACCCGUCGAUGGUGGAGCUGCUUGGCAGUGCGAACGUGUUCCUCAUCUACGGUGCCGUCUCGCUGCUCGGCGUCCUGUACGUCAUCUACGUCGUGCCCGAGACGAAGGGCAAAUCGUUGCAGGAGAUUGAGGAUUACUUCCGCGGCAUGUCGCACGGUUCCACGCCCUCGCAGGAGGUGGAGGAGGACGAGGUGAGCAAUCUGUCGUCGGAGAGCGUGUCCGAGCAGUUGCCAAAUCGCCGAACUGACCGUCGCGUGGUUCGAAAUCAGCGCAGAAAGUUUUUUGCGUGCUGUGUACCUCUCUCUUUCUCUCGAGAAGCGACAUCACACACACACCACACCAUGAGCGGCAAAGAUACGGCCGAGGUGCAGGCCGCCCUGACCGAAAAGCAGCCGCAAUCGCCCACGAAAAGCCCCACGCAUGCCGUCCUGACGCAGCUGACGCGCCGGGCCGCCAUCGUGCAGAUCGUGACGGCCGUCGUCGCCAACAUUACGAUCAUCUCGUCCGGCAUGGGCAUCGGCUUCCCGUCGAUCGCCAUGAUCGAGCUGACGAACUCGACCACCUCGGUGGUGCUGACGGAAUCGGACGCCACGUGGUUCGCAUCCAUCACGUCGAUUAUGUGCCCGUUCGGGGGGCUGCUUUCCGGCUACCUGCUCGACAAGGUCGGGCGCAAAAAAACGCUCUACUUUAUCAACAUCAUAUCGAUCGUUUCCUGGGCCAUCAUGUCGUUCGCGAGCCGCACCGAUAGUGCGACCCUCUUUAUCCAGCUAAUCGUGGCCCGUAUAAUUAUAGGCAUUGCGAUAGGCUUAUCUAGCACUCCAGCAUCGGUGUACGCGGCCGAGGUCGCCCAUCCAAAUCUUCGCGGACGACUCACGCUGCUGACCGCCUUCUGUACCGCGAUCGGCAUGCUUAGUAUCUACACGCUCGGCUAUGUGUUCAAGAAUGAUUGGCGGUUCGUGUGCAUGAUCUGUGGCAUCUUUACCGUCGUGUCGCUGCUCACCGUUAUACCGCUGCCCGAGUCCCCGAGCUGGCUGGUGAGCAAGAAGCGCAUGCCGAAGGCGGAACGAUGCCUCAAGGUGGUGCGCGCCAUCAAGGAGGAGAAUCAUCCGGAGAUACGGGCCGAGCUGGAGGCGCUCGAGGACAACAUUGCCCGGUUCCGGUCGGCGCAGGAUGGCAAAAAGUCGAAGCUCGAUCAGCUGAAGAAGCCGGAAGUGUACAAACCGCUCGCCAUCAUGUGCACGUUCUUCUUUUUCCAGCAGUUUACCGGCAUCUUCGUCAUUAUUGUGUACGCGGCCAGCUUCUCGAUCGAGGCGGGCGUUGCGAUCGACCCGUUCCUGAGUGCGGUGUUUGUGGGGCUGACGCGUGUCGUCACCACCGUGCUGAUGUCGUUCAUUUCGGACAAGUUCGGUCGCCGACCGCCGGCCCUGUUCUCCGGGUUCGGUAUGGCGACAUGUAUGUUUGGGCUGGCGGUGUGUGCCAUCCAUCCGGUGAAGGGAACGUCGCUUAGCUGGAUCCCGACCGUGCUGCUGGUGGCCUUUAUCUUCACUGCGACGCUUGGCUUCCUCACGCUACCCUUCUCGAUGAAUGCGGAAGUCUACCCGACCAAGAUCCGUGGCUUCGCGUCCGGGUUGACGAUCUUCUUCGGCUACACCAUGUCAUUUAUCAUCCUCAAGAUCUACCCCUCGAUGGUGGAAACGAUCGGUAACUCGAACGUGUUCAUCCUGUUCGGCUGCCUGUCCAUGCUCGGUAUUGCGUUCGUGUACUUCUUCCUGCCGGAAACGAAGGGCCGCACGCUGGAAGACAUUGAAAGCCAUUUCCGGGGCAAAAAGCAGUCGUCACCGGACAGCAAGCAGGAGGUGGAGAUGAAAACGAUGCUGAAAGCGAACGAAGCCGCCUAAAGGCGCGGUUUGCAUUGGAAUGGGGAAGGUUCGGAACUGGCAACUGCCGAACCAUCGCUCCACCGAACCGAACACUUCUUCUAAAAAGCAACACACACACACACACAUACACACACACACACACACACACACACACACACACACACACACACACACACA